UGGCAGUUGUGAUUUGUAGCUGAAUUGUAGCAUUACAUCCGAAAGCCUCAUCACUAAGGACAAAGCAAAAGCCAAAGAAAAAGGAGAUGUUGCAGUGCAUAUUUCUUCUUUCGGAUUCUGGUGAGGUAUUGCUUGAGAAACAGCUCACUGGGCACCGGGUUGAUCGGUCCAUAUGUGCUUGGUUUUGGGAGCAAUCAAUUGCUCAAGGUGACUCUUUUAAGUUUAUGCCUGUAAUUGCUUCGCCAACGCAUUACAUUUUCCAAGUUUUUCGGGAAGGUAUCACAUUCUUGGCAUGCACCCAAGUUGAAAUGCCACCUUUGAUGGCAACUGAGUUCCUUUGCAGAGUCGCUGAUGUACUUUCAGAUUAUCUUGGAGGUCUGAAUGAAGACUUGAUAAAGGACAAUUUUGUUAUCGUUUAUGAGCUUCUAGAUGAGAUGAUUGAUAAUGGCUUUCCUCUUACAACAGAACCUAAUAUUUUGCGAGAAAUGAUAGCACUUCCAAAUAUUGUUAGCAAAGUGCUGAGUGUUGUGACUGGUACCAGCUCAAAUGUAAGCAAUACGCUUCCUGUUGCGACAGCCUCUUGUGUUCCGUGGCGGAAAAUGGACCCAAAGAAUACCAGCAAUGAGGUUUAUGUUGAUCUUGUUGAAGAAAUGGAUGCAAUUAUAAGCAGGGAUGGAACUCUGGUGAAAUGUGAGAUUUAUGGUGAAGUUCAAGUUAAUUCUCAUCUUUCUGGUCUGCCUGAUCUUACCCUCUCAUUUGCAAAUGCCUCCAUCUUGAAUGAUGUGAGGUUUCAUCCCUGUGUCCGACUUCGUCCAUGGGAAUCUCAGCAAAUUUUGUCAUUCGUCCCACCAGAUGGGCAAUUUAAGCUCAUGAGUUACAGGGUUAAGAAGUUGAAGAAUAUUCCAAUAUAUGUGAAGCCCCAGUUGAGCUCAGACUCUGGAAUAUGUCGUAUCAGUGUUUUAGUUGGGAUAAAAAAUGAUCCACGAAAGCCUAUUGAUUCCAUAACAGUGGAAUUUCAACUGCCUCCUUGCGUUUUGUCAGCUAAUCUUACACCAAAUCAUGGAACAGUGAACAUCCUUGCUAAUAAGACUUGCUCUUGGUCAAUUGGGCGACUGCCAAAAGAUAAAGCUCCUUCACUGUCUGGGACAUUGGUGCUUGCGGCUGGUUUGGAGCGGCUACCUGUGUUCCCAACCUUUCAAGUGGGCUUCAGGGUUAUGGGCACUGCCCUCUCUGGCCUACAAAUAGAUAAGUUGGACUUUAAGAAUCUACCCUCACGCCCUUACAAAGGUUUUCGAGGUCUCACUAGGGCAGGAGAAUAUCAGGUAAGGUCAUAAUCCGAGUCUCCGUGUCCUGGCUGCUUCAAGCUAUCUAAAACCUACCAGAUUGAACUCCAAUUCAUUUCCAAACAAUGAUGCACCGUGGGAUUUUUGUCUUCUUUUUUGAGGUUUUUGGGGUUUCUGGGGGAUGAUUUCUUACUUUUGUCAUUUUUUCCAUUGACACUGUAUAUUGAGAAUGCCGUAUGAUGACAAAAAGGAGAAGAAUGCCAUCUUGUAGCACACUUGUAGCUGGUACCAACCCUAAAAUUACAUAUUCCAGUUCGUUCUUUUC